AUGGACCCGCUGUUCUCCUUGAGCUGUGUGUUAAUAACUGUCAGUAUCUACACGACCAUUUUUUGUUCGAAAAAGGCGAAGAGCGAUGAGAAUAAGUCUAAACCAUUAUCGAAGGAUCAACCUGCAGGAGCAGCUGCAGACGAAGCCAAGUCUAAAGGAGAUAACGCUAAACCUGCUGGAGAUGAUGCGAAGCCUAAGGGAGACGAAGCUAAACCGGCACAAAAAGACGUAGUGGUUAAACCAAUAGAGUAUCUUAGUUUACCGUGCAAUGAAAAGACCGGGUUGAACAAGUCUGAUGUCAACAGUGAAGGGCUAAAGUGAGUUCAUCAUAUUGAUUUUGGGUCGGUUUUUAGGAAGAUGGUUAAUUUUAGGGCAGAUAGAUGUUAGGAUAGGAUAGGUAAGAAAUAGUGGGUCAGGAAGAGCCCUAGGGUAAGACUAUUCGUUUAGAUCUAAGUGUGAGUUAGACUAGAGCUAAAUAAGCUUAUAUUAUUAUAGGUGCCGACAUAAAGAACCCGCCAUACUUUUUCUGUGUUUUCCUGUAUAAAAUGGCGGGUUCUUUAUGUCGACACCUAAUACUGCUGGUAAGGUGGUUUAUACAGGUAUAACUUAUGAUUAAAACUAUUUUUCAGAACUCCAACCUAA